AAGAAAAGAAGAAGAAUAUCAUACUUCGAAAGUGAAACAUCAAUUAUACAAAUACGUGAAUAACAAUAUGUACGAUCAAACUGAAGUGGAAUUCCUUGUUAAUUUAAUUAUUAGUACACAAAAAUCAGAAAAAUCAUUUUCUCCUUAUGAAUAUGACUAUCAUUCAUUAAAUACUACUUCACAAUUUCCUACAGCAUCUACAGCACUUUCAUCGCCUGUAUCAUCAUUAAAAUCAUUUUCAAAUUAUCGUCCCCGUCAAAAAAUUCUUAUUUGUGGAUUACCAGAUGAUAUAUCCCCUUGUUUAGACUAUGCAAUGAUAGCGAAACCUGGAAUGAUUGACUAUUCAUCUCUAAUUAUUGCCAGUACUGAUAUUGACGAAUUAAUUGUAAAUUAUUUUGGAAAAAUUAAAAUUCAUCUUGUCAAUUGGGAUGAAACAGACUACGAAGAGAUGUUAAUUGAACGUGUACGACCGAGAUCAGAUAAUUUUGUUAUUCCGUUAGUGAUUGAAUUUCAACCAACUAUUAGACGAAUGAAACGAAUUAGAGAAUUAUUAGAAAAGAAUAAAUUUUUGGUGCUAAUUAUAAACACGAAUAGAAUAAACACCUUAUUGUUAAAAAUUCUUAUAACUCAAAGAAAAUUAACCGUAAACACAAGAAUGAAAUAUGUGUUCAACUAUGUGAUGUAUUGGAGUUUGCCUUAUCUCUUUCUGUUUCCUCAUUGAGAUUCAAUAAACUUUGGAGAAAAACAGAAUGAUACAUUUUUUCCCCAUUUAAUUGGUGCCAAUAUAUAUAUAUAUAUAUACUGUUAUUUUUUAAUCACUAGUAGGGGAGGGUUGAUGUAGACCAAUAAUAAAG